AUGGAGGAGAAGAAGAAAGGGGGACUGACUGAGUUGGCACCCCAGUGCGAGCUUGUGGACUACAAGUUCCUCCCGGCAUAUCUCAAGGACAACCAGUUUAUCCUGAAAUACUACAGAGCCGAAUGGCCCCUCAAGCAGACCUUCCUCAGCAUCUUCUGCAUCCACAAUGAGACCCUUAACAUCUGGACGUCAGCAGCCCCCCUCAUCCUCUGCUCUAUCUACCCACUCGCAUACUUUCGUCCGAAGCAAUAAUAUGGCCAAAGUUUCUGUGAUUAAUUAUCAUUUAUCACUAUCGUCGUCGUGGAUGCGUGCAGGCACCUGAUCGGCUUCUUCAUCUUCCUCGCUCUGAUGGCAUGCGCCGGAAUAGUGCUGCAGAGAGGGUGCAGCUCGGCGUCGUCGCCUCCAUUCCUCCCCUGCCGGUCCCUAGGCGGAGUCUCCCCUUGCGCAGGAGGUGCGGCGGGGUCCGGCGGCGCAAUUGUGGCGCGAUGGCCGUUCUUCACCUACCUCGCCGGUGCCAUGGCGUGCUUGCUUUCCAGCAGCGCCUGCCAUCUCCUCUCCUGCCACUCACGUCGCCUCCAGUACGUCAUGAGGGGGAUGGACUGCACCGGCAUCACCGUUCUCAUCGUCACCUCCUUCUACCCCGUCGUCUACUACAGCUUCAUGUGCGACCGUGCCUUCCAGGCCCUCUAUCUGGGUCUGAUCACCGCUUCGGGGCUCGCCAUGGCCGCCGUUUCUCUUGCUCCAUCGUUCCAGGGGCCGGAGCACCGGAUGUUACGGGCGAAGGUGUUCUUCUGCAUGGGGCUCUCCGGCGUCGUGCCGAUAAUGCACAAGGUGAUCAGGUUCGGCGACCGGCCGGCGGCGCUGGUGACCACCGGCUACGAGGCGGCGAUGGGGGUGCUCUACGCUCUGGCCACGGUCGUCUACUCCUCCAGGAUGCCGGAGAGGUGGAUGCCGGGGACCUUCGACAUCCUCGGCCACAGCCACCAGCUCUUCCACGUCCUGGUCGUCGCCGCCGCCUACACCCACUACCUCGGCGCCGUCGUGUACCUGCAGUGGCGCGACUCCGAGGGCUGCUGA